CCACUUACAACCCCUCACAAUGGAGUCCUUAGACACAUUUACCCUCCUCCCCAUAUCCAUGGACCCCACCACCAAAGCCAUCACCUCCGACACCCCGAAUUCAGCUUUGAACAACGAGCUCGCGCAUCUCAACGCACUCCACAAGAACCUCCUCGCAGCCGGCACGCCUACAGGAACACCGCCUCCCCCAGUUCCCGUCAACCCUACCCGCUCCGCACAAAUCAGCAAGCUCCGCGAAUCUGGUAACAACGAGUUCCGCAAAGGAAACCACGGCCAAGCCGUCAAACUCUACAGCCUUGCGAUCGAUAUGGCGCUCGGUCGGCCGUCGUGGGAGCCCUCGGGCCUCGUCCGCGAAGAGGUCUCUGGACUACUGAGCAACCGCGCGCAGGCGAACAUGGCGCAACAGAACUGGGCAGAGGGCGCGGUGGAUGCCGAGGCGAGCGUCGAGGUGAAGAAGGCCGGGAACGCUAAGGGAUGGUGGAGGAGGGGCAAGUGCCUACUCGAGAUGGGUAGACUGGACGAAGCCGAUGAGUGGGUCAAGCAGGGACUGGAGUUCGAGGCUACCGAGCAAGAUUUGGUGCAGCUUAAGCAGGAGAUUGAGAAGAGGAAGGGGAUUUAA